AUGAAAAUAACACCAACCGAAGACAAACCAUGGACUAGUGUAGCAAUCGACUUCUAUGGUCCAGUACCCCGAACUGGUCAAUACCUGCUAGUGGUUAUCGAUACCUACUCAAAAUUCCCAGAGGUAGAAAUAGUCAACUCAACCGAAGCAGAAACUUGCAAACCAAAAUUAUAUACAAUAUUUGCCAGAUAUGGAAUACCAUCAAAAAUAAAAACUGACAAUGGACCCCCAUUUAAUGGGAAAGAAUUUGAAACAUACGCUAAAACCCUUGGUAUUGAAUGGAAAACAAUUACACCACUAUGGCCCCAGGGUAAUGCCGUUGUAGAAAGAUUUAUGAAACCAAUUGGAAAACUCUUGAAAACAGCAGAAAUUGAGGGAAAGAAUUGGAAGCAAGAACUGCAAAGGUUUCUACUUCAAUACCGUUCAACUCCUCAUCAAACUACUAAAGUCACUCGAUCCGUGUGAACUACUUUCUAACAGACAAAUUCGGGGAUAUUUACCAGAACUCACAAGAAAAAAGUAAUUAAUAGACACAAGAGGGCGAAGCAGAAUUUGGAGCAGAAGAAAGAAGAGAACAAAGAGUACUACGACAGAAACAAAAAAAAAACAAAGGAAGCUGGUAUCAAAAAAGGUGACUUCGUCAUUUGCAAACAGAAGAGGAACAAUAAGUUAACAUCAAAGUUUGACCCAGAACAUUAUACGGUAGAACAACGUAAGUACAACACCAUCAUAGCUAAAAGAGAUGGUAAGACGGUGACAAGAAACGUUUCACACUUUAAGAAGGUAGUAAUGGAGGAAAGCGAGGAGGAGCAAGAAGAUACAGCACCGGGAAGAUCGACGGAAACAGAGGAACCACCAAAGCAAGAAACAAGUGUAAGGAGAUGA